UAUCCUAAGCUCAGUUUUGGACAGUGUAAUUUAUCUCAAUCUCAGUGGCAGAGAGUGGGUGCGGAAGUGCGUCUCGCUGAGCUGCCCGUUCAGUCGCGCUCGUAGCGUUCGCCAUGGAGAACUUUGGUAUCGCAUCGACUUCACUGACGCUCCUACUGCUCCAGCUGGUGGGGAGUGGUCGAGGCCACCUGCUGCCCGGUCAGCCGGCCAUUGACCUGCGCAUCCAGGCCCAGGAGCAGCUGAUCUCGCAGAACAACGACAGCCUCUAUGUCCAGCGACUGAUGAGACUUUCCAAGUCCGCCGAGAUGCGCAGCUAUAUGCAAACGAGUGUGGAGGCCUGCGACAAUUUCUACGACUACAGCUGCGGAAACUGGCCGCAGAUCAAUCCGGCCAUCGAAGCCUAUCCCAGGGAGACCAACUUGGAGCAGCUGCUGGUCAAGGCAUAUCGCCACAAGCAACAGCGAUUGAUGGAGCAGCCGGCGGAUGAGGAAACGGAUGAGGUGGCCGUGCUCCGGCUUAAAGAGCUGUACACGAGUUGCCUUCUCUACCGCCAAACUCCAGAGGAUCUCUAUCGUCGGGGUCUGCAGGAGAUUGUGGCCGAAUUCGGACGCAUGCCUGUCUUGGGUCAGGAUUGGCCAGCCGAGGAGUUCGAUUGGCAAGACACCGUGGCCAGGAUCAAGCGAAAGUACGGCUUUGAUAUUCUUCUGCUCUUCCAGUUGUCUGGGGAUCGCAUCUACGUGGGUCAGCCCAAGCAGAUUCUACCGGAGCCCUACCGACAGGAUGUGGCGAAUGGGAUAGCUCUACAUCUGGAGCGGCACUUGGGCGUGAAGCCCGAACUGGCCAGGACAACGGCCAGGGAAAUCACUGAUUUCGAGCAAAUGAUUGCCACCAUUAUGGUGAAUCGUAGAGUUGGUGUGAUGUCCCAAAUACACACUCCAAAUCCAAAUGACUCGUUUUACAAUGAUAUCGUCGUUAACAUCACCCAGUAUGCGGAAACUGUCCUCGAACGGGGACUGGAAGCGAAUGAGACUCUCUAUGAGCAUGUUCCCAAAUAUCUGACAGACUUAAUUGAUGUGAUAAACUCAACAAAUUCCGACGUCCUGGCCAACUAUAUCUUCCACGAGCUACUGAAGAACUUUUACUAUGAGAGGACGGGCUCUCCUGUGGAGCAGUGUGUCAACCGGGUGAGAGAUCUUUUUCCCGAGCUCCUGGACAACAUGGUAUUUAAGCAGUAUGGAAACGAAGAUAUACUAAGUGAUAUAGAGUUCCUGUGGCAGCAGAUAAAGCUGAGUUUUCUAGGGGUUCUUGAAAACUCUACUGCUGACUGGCUGGUUCCGGAGACGCGGGAGCAACUCCAGGAGCAGCUGAAUGCCACAAGUCUGGUAAUCAAUGGAUAUGCUGAUGUGAACUUCACCCAGCGCUAUGGGGAUCUGCAACUCCAGCCAAGGGAUUAUCUUCACAACCUGAGAAACAUCUUCAACCAUGAGAGAUUUAGUGUGAAGUUGAAGACGCAGACCUCUGCCUCCUAUGAUCCUUUGGGGAACCGAGUACUGCUGCCUGUGGCCUUGCUCCAGCCGAACUUCCUGUGGUCCCGAUAUUAUCCGCGAGCCGUUCGGUAUGGUAGUCUGGGCACCCUGCUGGCCCACCAGUUGGCCCACAGCCUAGAAGACGCCUCCAAGUGGGAUGGCAAAUCCUUUGCCGAGUAUGCCAAGCGGAAGGCCUGCUUCAAGGAGCAAUAUGGAAGGCUGCGUCUCAAUGGUCACUAUUUGCCGGAGAGCGAUCUGCAGGCGGAGAAUAUAGCCGAUAAUCUGGCCAUACAGGUGGCCUACCAUGCCUACAGGAGGUUUCUGGGAGAGCUGAACCCAUCAUUCUUGGGCUCCGAAUCACUGCCGCAUCUAAAUCUCAGCUCAAGGAGACUGUUCUUCCUCAGCUUCAGUCAACUUUACUGCAAUGAUGGCAACGAUGUUUUCCGCGAGAAGCAAUCCCUACUCCAGGUGCGAACUCCACAUGCCCUCCGGGUGCUGGGAGCACUGUUCAACUUCAAAGCUUUUAAGAGGGACUUUAACUGCGGCAGCGGGAGCAGGAUGACCACUCCAGAGAAGUGCCAACUCUUUGCCGUCAACCUGGACUAAGAAACACUCUAUACCAAUAUUAAUUAAUUACCAAAAUAAUAAAAAUAUUCAUGGAAAUAUUGCGAAAUGUUAAAAAGUUUGAGUUGCCCUUUUUUAAUGGCAAUUAAGUUAUUUUAAAUUACACAAUUUCUUUGACCAUGAAAAAUGGAAAACAAUUUUAAUCAAGUCAGUUUAAAAUAAAUCAAAUGUUGUAGAGGGCGAUGGAAUGCUUCUACAAAUUCUCACUGAUAAA